AUGCAUAAGCUUCUCCUUGAGUCUAAAUUUGCGUCCUUCAUGAGGACUGUAUAGUUUGUAUUCAAGAAUAUGAGCUAUUGUCGGUCUUCCAUCAUAUCAAACUUUGUCAUAAGAUCAUGCUAAAAUAUGACUGGGUACAAAGAAGAGCUUAAUUGAUAUAUCUAUUGAGGUCCCACAUAAUGGUUAACCGGUAGGGAGGAAAAUUUUCUAAAAUAUAACAUCUUAACAAUACCUUGGAUUUGUAAUCUCCAAAGGUCUGAUGUACUGUUUCUACAGAUGAAUUGACUCAUAGCUAUUCAUUUUUAAAUCUUUUGUGGGUAUCUCCAAACCGGAUUGGUUCUAAAUAGGUUUUUCUUUAGACAUGAUGCAGCCGAAAUAUCCCCUUCUCGGUUAUCUUGAUUAAUGCCAUUAAAACCCGUAUCUGAAUUAUACGGACAGAUCCAAUUAGUAUUUUAAUUUUUUUUCUUUGAACUCUCAGUUUUGGUUGGGGAGUGGGAAAUCAUUUUACUGCCUAUUCUACACAUGAAAAAGGGAUGUGUUUCUUUCCCCCGCUGUGUUUAAAUGCCUCCCCGUAUACCUGAUUCUCGAGAAACUAACAAAAUAGCCUUUCAUGUAUAUAUUUACUUAAAAAAAUUGAAUAUCUUCUCUUAUGUUUCUUGGACCAGUUCUGAUCCCCUUUCCAAAUUGAAGUAUUUAAGCUGGAUAAAUCAUAUUCCUUUUUUGUAAUUUGACAUCCUGGGUUACAUUGUUCUGUUUAAUUUCAGCCAGGAGAUGGUGGUUCAACACAUGUGGAAAACGACCCUCAAAUUUUCACAUCCAUCCCAUCUUUCAUUGAAGCCGCUUCAUAUAUUUCUUAUCUUACCAGCUGCUUCACUGGUUCUGAUGGUAAUUUUAAUUUUUAUGGAUGGCCAUCGAUUUUGCCUCACUAUUUUUGCGUUUCCCAAGCAAAUGGCUUUGAUUGUGGAUUCAAAUUUUUGUGUUCGCUUCCACGUGGCAUAUCAUUUUUGGUUUACCUGAUUAAGUCGCGUCUCGCCUUAUCAGAAGAACAAUUAUCCAGAGGGGUUAGCUUCAGGGAGCUAGAAUUGGUCACUAUAUCCUCAGGCCAGUCUGGAGGGCUUUCUUUUGAUCCCUGCACUGAUUCAUCUCCACCCCAGAGUGAUGGGGCAAGCUCCUCGGGGAGCUCACACCAAGAUGCAGCUCAAUGUAUUAGCUCAAGCUCAGAUCAAAAUGGGACUUCCCUAUUCCAGAGGUAAUGACUUUAUAAAGUAUAAAGAAGUAUGCAUUUUAGCAUGUCCUAGAAAAAUGUACUACACGAUGCAGCUUGGGAACAGUCUCAGGAAAGUUAAAAGGGAAGGAUGAAUCGAUAUAGCCCAUGAUACUUGUUAGUGAUUUGACUUUUGCGUGAUUUCUCUUCCUUGCUCCUUAGAAUAAUAGAUUGUAUUUCGUUUAUUUUUAUUAAUAUUAGUUUAUGAAAUCUUCUCCUUGAGACCGUAAGUUUCUAAUUUUUCAUUGCAUUCCACUGCUGUACCGCGACAAAUAUCUUCAGAAUAUUUUUUCUUAUUUAUUUUAGAAUGAGUAGCCAGCCGCCUAUUCAACCAAAUUUCUGCAGCAUCAAAUUACCUUGAUUUUUUAAAAAUAAAAAAACAUUGUGUGGAAAAAAUGGGACUCAUCGCCUAUUAAUUUAUACAGCCUUGUAACUCGAGUCCGUAAAACCGUACGAGGCUCUGCUGAUGAUAUUGGAUGGCUUGAGCGUGCCACGGACAUGCCUCCUGUGGAGGAUGGAACCGAGAGAUUCAUGGAAUUGCUAGGCAGGAUAAGGUAUGCUCAGGACGGAUCAUCAUUCUUCCUAAGUCGAAUUCUCUUCAAAUUUCAAACUAUACAUGCAUAUUUAAUUCUUGGAUGAUUAUAAUCUCUCAGGAAAAAUGAGCACAAACUUCCGAAUUCUGUGGUGUACUUAUUGGUUCCAGGUGAUUUUUCUUCCGUCACUGGGUCACUGGGUCACUGGGUUAGAAGUAUGUUAUUUCAUCAACAACAGUAACUCAUAUUCUUGACCCAAUCUUCUUCUUAGACAGGUCUUUUUAGCAACCAUGGUCGCAUGUAUUUUGUCAACAUUAAAACAGUUUUCUCGAAGAUGGGUCUUGCCUGCCACAUCGCAAAGAUUCACAGCGAGGUAGAUAAUGUUUUCGGUUCUCCUCAGAUAUUUCCUUUUUUUCAGUUUUCUUUUCUCGACCAAUAUAAUGCCAGCACUGGGCUUCCAGGCAUCAGUGGAGAAGAAUGCGAGGGAGAUAAAAGACUACAUCGAGGAGAUUUAUUGGGGCGCGAAGAAGCGCGUCCUGCUGUUUGGGCACAGCAAAGGGGGAGUGGAUUCGGCUGCCGCAUUGUCGUUGUAUUGGUCGGAUCUGAGAGACAAGGUCGCAGGGCUGGUCAUCGCCCAGAGCCCUUAUGGGGGCAGCCCGAUUGCGUCGGAUAUCUUGAGAGAAGGGCAGCUCGGAGAUUACGUCAAUUUGAGGAAAAUCAUGGAGUUCUUGAUAUGCAAGAUAUUGAAGGUGCUGGAUUUCUUUUCUUUUCUCCAAUUUAUUUUUUCUUUUUUCUGUGGAUUCAGUAAAUUCUUUUCGUAGGCUUCUCGGCACCAAGUUUCGUCACACUGUGCCCAUUAAUCACGACGAGAAGUUCUCCUCUUUUCUCCCUGUGAAAAAUCUCCCCCCCCCCCCAUUUUUUUAUUAUUUUCUCUCUCUAGUGAAUCACCUGCGUUAGAGAGAAGUCAAGCAGUCUUAUUCGCUUCAUUCAUCGAAGUUUUCCACAGUAUAAUAUUAAACUCUAAUGGUUCACUUCCAUUCCAUUCCAUUCCAGUAUGAGGAGAAAAAAUUGGCAAAGUCGCCUUGAGGCCCACUUUCUGAUCUGAUUCCACUCUCCAAAGACUAUCAUGGUCAUUAUCAUUAUCUUCAUCAUUAGCAUCAUCAAUAUCAUCAUCAAUAUCAUCAUCAUAAUGGAGAGGAGGUUUUUUUUGGGGGGGGGGUGGGAACAUCAUUAUUUAUUUACUGAAUGCCAUGCCAUGCCAUGCCAUGUGUCGCAGGGGGAUUUGCAGGCUCUGGAGGAUCUGACGUACGAGAGGAGGAGGGAGCUCUUAGGGAGGCACCCGCUUCCCCAGGAGCUCCCCAUCGUCUCCUUCCACACCGAGGCUAGCAUUGCCCCCGGGGUCCUCGCCUCCUUCUCCCACGUAGCCCACGCGGAGCUGCCGGCGAUCUCCCCUCUCGCCGCCGGCCAGCCCUCCAAGCUCCCCGUGGUGGUGCCCCUCGCGGCGGCGCUGGCGGCCUGCGCGCAGCUGCUGCAGGUGAGGUACGGGGAGAAGAGCGACGGGCUGGUCACGCGGCGCGACGCGGAGGUGCCGGGCUCGGUGGUGGUCCGGCCGGAGAGGAAGCUGGACCACGGCUGGAUGGUCUACUCCUCCCUCAGCGACGACGACGGCGAAGGGGACGCCUCCCAGGUCUGCGAGGCUCUCCUCACCCUGCUGGUGGAGGUCGCCCAGCGGCGCCGCCGCGAGAUCUCCUCCAAGCAAGAAUGA